CACCGGCGGCAGCGGCGCGCGGAGCGGGGAGGCUGCUAUAAGAGCGGCGCCGAGCUGCCCUCCCCUUUGUGUACGUUCUUCGGCUCUUCCUUCACCGGCACGACCGGUGUGUGCGUGCGCGGGUGCACGCGCGCCGCCUUGCCCGGCACCUCCUGGAUUUCUGCUUCUACACCCCCCCACCCAUCCACCGCCGCCGCCCGCAACCUUCCCCCCCCCCCGCCGCGCGCGCUUUUGCCUCGGACUGGAAUUGCCUCCUCGCAUCGCCGCUGCAUUGUCUGCUUCUGGCCGCCCUACCUGGAGCCUUUCCCCCGCUCCACCCACCCACCCACUACCUACCUACCUACCUACCUACCUACCUUCCCUCCCGCGGACGCUCUUUACCUUUCUCAGAAGGGGGAGGGCAGCGAGGAAAGAGCCCCCCCCUCCGCCUGCGCGUCCGCCUUCUGCCCCGAACUUGUACAGUGAGGAGGCGCCGCACGAUGGACACGUUCUGGCGGCGGGGACUGAGGCCGGGGCUGCUGCUGCUGCUGCUGGCGGCUUGGCUGCGUGGAGCGCGUGGUACAAGGGUAACAUGUGAUGAAUCACAAUUUCAAUGUCACAAUGGCCGCUGCAUAACUCUGCUGUGGCAAUGUGAUGGGGAUGAAGAUUGCACUGAUGGCAGUGAUGAACUAGCAUGCGUGAAGAAGACAUGUUCUGCAACAGAUUUUGUUUGCCAGAAUGGGCAGUGUAUACCAAACAGGUGGCAGUGUGAUGGAGAUCCUGACUGUGAAGAUGGCUCCGAUGAAGGUUCUGAGAUUUGCUAUAGAAGAAAAUGUACGAUAGGUGAAAUCAGCUGUGGUCCUCUAUCAACUCAAUGCAUUCCUGUAUCCUGGAAAUGUGAUGGAGAAAAUGACUGUGGUGAUGGUACAGAUGAAGAAGGCUGUGCCAACAUAACAUGUAACCCUGAAGAAUUCACAUGUGCUAAUGGGCAGUGCAUCUCAAAAUACUUUGCCUGCAACGGGCAGGAGGACUGCAGUGAUGGGACCGAUGAGGAGGGCUGUGCCACUUCUACCUGUGGAGCAGGGGACUUCCAGUGCACAAGCGAAAGCGACAUCUGCAUCCCAAUUAACUGGGUGUGCGAUGGGGAAGCCGACUGCACCGACAGGUCAGACGAAUCUCCAGAACAGUGUGGUCAUCAGCCUAUCCAAACUGCGAAGUGUGGGGACAGUGAAAUGCUUUGCGAUUCGGGGGAUGAAUGUUUUCACAAGAAAUGGCGCUGCGAUGGUGAUACAGACUGUAAGGAUGGAAGCGAUGAAAUCAAUUGCCCUUCUCGGACUUGCAGACCUGACCAAUUCAGAUGUGAGGAUGGCAACUGUAUUCAUGGAACCAGACAGUGUAAUGGUGUAAGAGAUUGCGUAGAUGGGACUGAUGAAGUGAACUGUCAUGCUGUUAAUCAGUGCACUGGACCGGGAAAAUUCUUGUGUGGUAGUGGUGAGUGCGUAGAUUUCAACAAAGUGUGCAACCAGAAACAGGAUUGCAGGGACUGGAGUGAUGAGCCUCUCAACGAAUGCAAUGUAAAUGAAUGUUUGGUGAACAAUGGAGGCUGCUCUCACAUCUGCAGAGAUCUGGUUUUAAGUUACGAAUGUGAUUGUCCAGCUGGCUUUGAGUUGAUAGACAGAAAAACAUGUGGAGACAUUGAUGAAUGCCAAAAUCCAGGUAUCUGCAGUCAGAUUUGUGUCAAUACCAAAUUCGGCUAUAAAUGUGAAUGUAGUCGAGGCUACCAAAUGGAUCCACAAACAGCAGUAUGCAAAGCAAUUGGAGGAGAACCAAGUCUGCUUUUUACAAAUCGUUGGAACAUCAGGCAGUUUGCUCUCGAAAGGCAGGACUACACCCAACUUAUAGGAGACCUAAGAAAUGUGGUCGCUCUGGAUGCCGACAUGGCUGAGCAUAAAAUCUUUUGGGCUGACGUUGGACCAAAUGCAAUCCUCAGUGCCUCAAUUACUUCUAGUAACAAACCAGUGCGACAUCGCCGGAUUGUAGACAAUGUACCAAGUCCUGGAGGAAUCGCUGUUGAUUGGAUUUACAAGAACAUCUAUUGGACUGAUUCGUCCCUGAAGUCUAUUUUGGUGGCCAGCCUUGAUGGCAUUAAAAGGAAAGUCUUAUUUAACACUAACUUAAGGGAGCCAGCGUGUGUGGCUGUGGAUCCACUUUCUGGCUUCAUGUAUUGGUCUGAUUGGGGUGAACCAGCCAAAAUUGAGAAAGCAGGGAUGAAUGGACUUGACAGGCAGCAACUUGUGACAACAGAUAUUGAAAGGCCCAAUGGGAUUGCACUAGAUCGUGUAAAAAAUCGUGUUUACUGGGUUGACUCCAAACUGCAUAAGCUUUCCAGCGUGGAUAUGAAUGGGCAAGACCGCAGGAUUAUAUUUGCAUCCCACGAAUUUCUUGCUCAUCCUCUUAGUUUGACAAUAUUUGAGGACACAGUUUACUGGACAGAUUGGGAAAACGAAGCCGUGUACAGUGCCAACAAAUUUACAGGAUCUGAGCUGCAAACAGUAGUAAACAAUCUCUAUGAUGCUCGAGACAUCAUUGUGUAUCAUGAACUUGUUCAGCAGUCAGGGAAAAACUGGUGCGAAGACGAGAACAUGACAAAUGGAGGCUGUGAAUACCUUUGCCUGCCUGCACCCCAGAUAAAUAGUCGUUCCCCAAAGUAUACUUGCAUGUGUCCCGAUGGAGAUACCCUGCAAGAUAAUGGCUUGAAAUGCAAAGGUACAGGAACUGCUGUGGCUUUCACUGAGACAAAAGAGAGCAGCAGAACAGACAAACCACCUGGACCACUUUCUGGAGGUCAAAAUCAGAGCAGUCCAGUAUCAGAAGAGCUGGCUUCCUCCAGAAGUACAUCAGCAGCAUGGGCUAUUCUUCCUAUCUUACUAUUAGUAACAGCAGCAGCAGGAGGCUACUUCAUGUGGCGCAACUGGCAACAAAAGAAUAUGAAAAGCAUGAACUUUGACAACCCAGUGUAUCUGAAAACCACAGAGGAAGAUCUCUCUAUAGAUAUUGGAAGACACAGCAGUACAGUUGGGCACACGUAUCCAGCAAUAUCAGUUGUAAGCACAGAGGAUGAUUUAUCAUGAUCUAGUCUACACUUUUGCAUGGUAGCCAGACAGUGGCUGAAGAAAUCCUUGAUGAAUGAAGGCACAGGUGGAACAAGUUCACAAAAAACACACUUUCAUACAAAGUUAUAAAGAUCUGUGUUCGCUAUCAACUUUUGAUGGUUCUUACUUACCUGUAACCCUUGAAUAAACUAAGUAUUCCCACCACUGGCUAUGUAUAAAGCACUUUCCAAGAAGCCAUAUUAUAAUAAGUGCUUCAGAAGUACUAGCUGUAAAUAAUUGUACAGGCCCAAUUGUAAAUCAUCCGGGGAAGGGAUAGUUUAUUAAGCACUUUGGAAUAACAUUUCAAUGUAAAUUAUUGUAUAAUUUUUUUCAAUGUUUGGAAAAUGGCAAUAGGAGAAAACGGGUUACUCAAGAUUAAUUGCCAAAAAUUUGUAAACUAACUUUUGUAUGAAUUGUGAAUUUGUCCUCCCUGAACCACCUACAGGGGUGUGCAGAGGACAACUGCUCUGUAUCAGAAAUCACUGUAAAUUUCAACACUGAAAUGAAAGAGGCAAAACUCUG